ACCUGGUGUUGGGAAGAUUCUACGGCCACCCGUCCUUCGCUUUGUGGUUUUUCAAGUUGUUUCAUAGACCGGAAAUCAACAGAUCCUUUACAUGAAACGUUUGUGAAAGUUUUACGGUAUAAUGACAUUCGAAAACCAUGUUUUUAUAAAUGUUAAAAUCAUGUGAUUCGCUCUGCAAACUUGUGUGUUGAGUAAUCGUAAACAAGACGCUGUUGGAAAGGCGUGUCUGUUUGAUGUUGGCAACGACCUUUGUUUUUCGACUAACUGGCAACCGCGCAACAGUUGCUACUUGGUGGUGAACCGAAUAUUUCAGCUUAUUUCCUUUCAUUCCUUUGCAUUUUACAGGGAUUAGAGAUAGAAAAAACUUGUAAAUGAACAGCAGGAAAUGUUUUGAGAAUUGUUUUACCUGAACCGAGUGUAAAUUUCAGUGUUAAAAUGCAGGGUGCGUACCAACAGGCUCCCACGACCGUAGUCGUGGUACAGCAGCCUAAUACAUGGUACAGGGGACCCAAUUAUUUGAGAUCUGGAGUGCGGGUUUGCGGCUUCGCCUUGAGCCUGCCCUUGAUAAUAUGCCUGGGAUUCUCCGGAGCCAUGUUCUUCUUCAUUGGAGCAACAACCAUCAGUAUGGGCAAGAGCCACAGCAGUCUGUUCGAUAUCGAUGAUGAUGACGAUGACGUCAAUCCCACAGUUGUUGUUGGGACAAUAAUGAUUAUAAUCGGAGUGGUAUGCACUGCUGGCUGCAUAGGCCUAGCCUGUUACUCGAAGAAGCAGUACCAGAAACUGAACCACGGUUUAAACGACCCGGGUCGAGUCAUCAACAGGAACCCUUCUCCAGUGCCUCCUCAGCAGGGGGCAAUGAACCCUGGCCAACCUGGCGUUUUCUUACCUUCUUCGGCGGGCGUCUAUGGCCCUCAGCCAAUGGCGGGAUAUCCCGCAGGAUACGCGCCCGCUGCAGGUGGUCCGAUGGUCUACCCACCUCCUGGAACACAGGCUUACGUUUACCCUCCUCCGACAUCCGCUCCUUACGGGACAGGUCCUCCGACAUCAGCUCCCUAUGUGGCAGGUCCUCAGUACCAGCAAGCAACUGUUGAAAAGGCCGCCCCGCCUCCUUACUCUCCCGUUGAUCCAGGGGCGCUGGCUACUGGGUCGAGUCCUGCCCCGUCUCUCCCUUGCGCUCCUGAGUAUAAUGCACCCCCUCCUUAUGCCCCAGAUUAUAAGGCCCCUCUCUAAAAGUGAGGAGGCUUCCUUCAGUUGUCUUAUUUACUAAUAUUUCCAUGAGGAGGCUUCAUUUGUGUCCUAUCAAUUAUUAACUAGAAUCAUGUUAAUAGUUGGUAUAAAUGUUAGGUUAGUAAGUACAUUAUUCCAAAAAGACCAUUUAUACUACACUUGACUUUCUUCAAAGACGAUUUUGGAUGGGCAUUUAGUCUAUAUGUAAUAGAUAAUGAUAAACAUUGCAUUAAUGGCAUUGUACAAGAGGGUCACAACAUCACACAUUUUCAGAAAAGAAAACAUAAUUGGUAAUAAUCGUCCACCCCCCCCCCUAGCCAAUUCUCACUCAGCAGCGUUUCAAAUCCAUUUACUUGUAAAAAGUUAUUUUGACGUCUAAACCGAUUUUUGAAAAGUAAUAAACUUUGUGGUUUACUUUUUAAGAGAGGUUAUAAGCUUAUAGUUGACUUUGUAACUGUUAAUUUGCAUUCAGUUCACUUGUGCUUUACGAUGUAUAAUGUCAAAGAUAUCUUAGGUUCAUUAUUUGAAAGACAACUAAAGAUUAUAGUGGAAUGCUAUUCAUUAUUUCAACGAUUCCUCAAGGUGUAUAAUGAAAUGUUAUAGGUAGUAAAAUAUUUAGUCCUUUUUUUCUUUAGUGCAGCUGACAUAAUUUUAAAAUAAGUUACGUUAACACGUGAAUACCACUGGGAUGGAGGAGUUUGAAAGAAAAAUAGACGCUGCUGACAUAUGUUCAUCAUAGUAUAUGAACUCAUAAAAUAGGUCCAUGACAAACCUUGAAUUCAGAAAAUGAUUUCCUUGAGAAUAUCUGCUGUCGUUGUAUGGCUAUUUGCGUAAGAAAAAAUUGAUGUCAAUUAGUCAUCUCGUGACUAAACUGUUAUGUAGGAGGGAGUACAUACAUAAUAUAGGUAUCUUUCCUUUGGCCUUUCCCUAAAACUAUUCAGUAAUUGUUUCGUAAAGGAUAGUAAAAUGAUCACAGGAGAGAAGUAAAUGAAUAGAGGGAAGUAAAGACGGAUAGGAAACUGUAAGCAGAAGUACUUAAGAGACGUUUACUUAAAUGAUUCGGUGUUAAAUGUUUGUGCUUUGUGAUGACUGAAAGGUUAAAGGGUUGUCAGAUUUUUUUAAUGUAGUUUCCAGAAUAUUUUCAUAUGCCAUCCUGUGAGAUUUUGAGGGUCUAAAAGAAAAAUUUUAAGGAGGGUACUCGUUUUUCACGGCCUUUAACUUUUUUCCUGAUCUUAAGAGCCAUUCAUUUAUUCACUAUGUAAAAUGUUCCAAUAUUAUGACUUGUCUGUUAAUUUCUUUGUAAUCAGUACCAAUGUAACAGUUUCAGGAGAGGAAAUAUAAAGUAACUUGCCCUUAUGUACUAGGUAUUCAUUGGUUCUUGAAUGGUGUGUGUUCAUUUUGGAUUAAGGAGCUGCAUAGACACACUAUCCUCCUUGGAAGGGAAUGAGUCCUCUUCAUCGAUUUUGUUUUUAUUUCUCAAGUUCCAGAAAGAACUUUUUCAAGCUGGCUGAAGAUUGGUCAGAUUUUGUAAGCACAGGUGGUAGUGCAGUUUUCAUAUUCGUACUGAUAGGUUAAAGGAAACCGAUCUGAAUACGUGUGCCAAUGUCUUUGUCACUUUACCUCAUUCCAGGGAUAAUUACAGGUAGAGAAAUCCUCCCAUCGUAUUGUUGACCGGUGAUUUCGUAAAGUGAAUUUAUUGAGGAGUUACGGUUUAAGUGCAGGUUUUGUCCAUUUAAUAUAUAACUGAAUAACUAUGGAAUAGUUUGUGAUAGUUGCUUAAUUGAUAACAGUGAGCCAUUAGAUCGUUGAAUAGCGGGAGUUGAGUAUCCUGGGAAUAUAGUUUUUGAAUGCCUGUUCAUUUUUAAUGUAUUUUUAUUAUGCAAAGUAAUAUUCUUAUAAGAGAAAACGUUAACUCACCCUCGAUAUAACAUCGUUGUUUUCUAAUUUGGUUGUGUGGUUUUUUAUUUUGCAAUGCUGUUAUAUGAUGCUACUUAUUCCCUCAAUAAAUCAAUGACACAA